AUGAACAAACUAGAAGGGAAGGUGGCAAUAAUCACUGGCGGAGCAAGUGGUAUCGGAGAAGCCACCGCCCAUCUGUUCGCCAAACACGGUGCACGUGCGGUGGUGAUAGCUGACAUCCAAGACGAACUUGGAAAAAAUCUAUCUUCUACCAUCGGCUUACACCGCUGCACCUACAUCCACUGUGACGUUUCCGAUGAAGCCCAAGUGAAGUCACUGGUGGACUCCACGGUGGCGAUCUAUGGUCAGCUUGAUGUCAUGUUUAGCAACGCCGGAAUCAUAAGUAAAUCAAACCAGACCAUCGUCGACCUCGACAUGGAUCAAUUUGAGGACCUGUUUUCAGUUAAUGUCCGUGGGAUGGCGGUUUGCCUGAAGCAUGCCGGACGUUCAAUGGUGGAGAAGAAGGUGAAAGGAGUCAUUAUUUGCUCCGGUAGUGUUCUGGGAAGGCUAGCGGUGGCGCAACAUACUGAUUAUUGUGUGUCGAAGCAUGCGGUGGUUGCAUUGAUGAAAUCGGCGAGCAAACAGCUGGGGGAGCAUGGGAUCCGAGUGAAUUCAGUGUCGCCGUCUGUGGUGGCGACUCCGUUGAUGUGCAACAUGCUUGAGAAGGAGGCGGCGGAAGUGGAGAAGUAUGUUGAACCGUUCACUAGCUUGAAAGGUGUGGUGUUGAAGGCGGAGGACGUUGCAGAGGCGGUGUUGUUCUUGGCUUCUGAGUCUGGUUUUAUUACUGGCCAUGAUCUGGCCGUUGACGGUGGUUUUACUGGUUGA